CGCACGGAGCGGUGCGAGCCGGUGGCCGAGCCAGGCUGGCGCCCGCGCCCCCCGCCGCACCACCGCCGCCACCCGCCGCGCAGCCCACGGGGUGCCCUUCCCGCUGCACCGGCUCCGGCACCCGGGCCUCCGGUCGUGGUGUUGUCGCCCUCCGCUCCGCCGUCCCGCUCCGUCCCGCCCGGGCCGCCCGGCUCCCGCAGGCCCCAUCGCCCGCGUUCCUAUGGACAAACGCACAGACACCUGCCGGAAAGACACUGCUGAUCCUGUAACAUGGAGGAUUGUCUUCAUACCUCAUCUGAGAAUCUGUCCAAAUUGGUCAGCUGGGCCCACAGCCAUGGGACCAUUUGCAGCCUCAUUCCAAACCUGAAACACUUGCUUUCUGAAGGUUCCCAUGGGAACCUGACUGCAAUGUGGGGCUGUAGUGCUGGCCAUGCUUACCACUGGCCACUAACAGCUACUUGCAGAGCUGGGUCCCAAGAGAGGGUUUGUUUCCAGGACAACCGAAGUUUUAAUUCUGAUAGUCCCAGUAUAAUUGGGGUGCCUUCUGAGACACAGACUAGCCCUGUGGAAAGAUACCCUGGGAGACCCGUGAAGGCAAAGCUGGACUGUGGCCGAACCAGAGACUCUUGUGACUUCUCUUACUGCAGUGAGCCCUCUGAACUGGACGAAGCUGUUGAGGAGUAUGAAGAUGAAAACACACUGUUUGACAUGGUUUGUGAGUCUUCUGUUACAGAUGAAGACAGUGACUUUGAACCGCAAACCCAGAGGCCUCAAAGUAUUGCUCGUAAAAGGCCAGGAAUAGUCCCAUCUUCCAUCCAUUCAAGUUCCCAGGGACAGAUGGUUGAUGAGUGCAGUAGUGAUGUCAUCAUCAAGAAAAUCAAGCAAGAGAUUCCUGAAGAUUAUUACAUUGUAGCAAAUGCAGAGCUGACUGGAGGGGUAGAUGGACCAGCCCUUUCCUUGACACAGAUGGCAAAGCCCAAGCCUCAAACUCAUGCUGGUCCCUCCUGUGUAGGGUCUGCUAAACUGAUUCCCCAUGUAACAUCUGCCAUCAGUGCAGAGCUAGACCCACAGAUUGUGUCAGCAUCCCCCUCUGUGAUCUCCAGACCAAUCAUCCCAAAGACUGCUAGGGUAUCUCUGGCUUCACCAAACAGAGGACCCGCUGGUGUCCAUGGCACUGCCCACCAGGUGACCAUGCAGAUGCCUGUGAGCACAUCACAUCCUAACAAACAGAUCAGUAUCCCUUUAUCUGCCCUGCAACUGCCUGGACAGGAUGAACAGGUGGCUUCAGAGGAGUUCCUGCCCCAUUUGUCUAGCCAGGUCUCAUCUUGUGAGGUAGCCCUCUCUCCCUCAGUGAACACAGAGCCUGAAGUGAGCUCCAGUCAACAGCAGCCUCCUGUCGCUCCAACCAUAACCACUGAAGCCACUGCACAGUGCAUUCCAGACCAGGAUGAAAGAGCAGCUGAGCUCAGCAGGGAGCAGAAUGAGAAAACCAUCCGGAGCACACAGACUGCGCUCCGCAAUUUCCCUUAUUCUACUAAACUCAACAAGUUUCCUGUAUUUAAUAUUAAUGAUGACUUGAAUGAUCUGUGUACCAGUGCAGUGAGCCCAAACACCACCAAAGCCACGAGGUAUGCCCUAAAUGUGUGGCGCUACUGGUGCAUGACCAACGGACUCAAAGACCACACGGACAUCACCAAGAUCCCUGCAGUGAAGUUGAAUGAGCUGCUUGAGAACUUUUAUGUCACUGUCAAGAAGAGCGAUGGCUCAGACUUCCUGGCUACCUCACUUCACGCCAUUCGCCGUGGCCUGGACCGCAUCCUGAAGAAUGCAGGUGUGGGCUUUUCCAUCACCAGCAGCACCUUCAGUUCUUCCACCAAGAAACUCAAGGAGAAGCUGUGGGUUCUGAGCAAGGCAGGGAUGUCGGGUGCCCGUUCUCGCAAUAUCGUCUACUUCUCCCUUUCUGAUGAGGAGGAGAUGUGGCAGGCAGGGUGUCUAGGGGAUGACAGCCCCAUUACUCUCCUGUCCACAGUGGUCAAGUUCAACAGCCAGUAUCUGAAUAUGCGGACGCUGCAGGAGCACGCAGACCUGAUGUAUGGUGACAUCGAGUUGCUCAAAGACCCACAAAACCAGCCCUACUUUGCCCGGACAGACAGUGUUAAGCGAGAGAGCCGAAGUGCUUCUGCUAGAGUGUGUCAUGGGAAAAUCUACCAUGAGCACUCCAGGGGACACAGACAGUGCCCUUACUGCCUCCUCUACAAGUACAUGUACAUGCACCGGCCACCUACCCAAAUGGAGGCCAGGUCUCCCUUCUAUCUGACAGCCAGGAAGGAGGCCACAGACAUGGGCAGUGUGUGGUACGAGGAGCAGAGGAUGGGGCUGCGGUCCCUGCGGGGAAUUGUCCCAAAUUUAGCCAGAAAGGUCAAGCUGGACAACUGUGAAAACUUCACCUUCGUCUCGUUCACCCAGGUCUCCAGGCGACUUAGCUCCCACAGCUGCUGCCAGUGAGACCUCCACGGCCGGGGCUUCCCUCAGGUGGUCAUGGCCAGCGUCAUCAGCAAGCAGGUCCUGAGGAGACAGAAGCUGUCUUCACUCCAUGAUGCAGCUGGCCUCCAUAACUGCAGCAGGCCAUUCCUCAGUCUUGAAAUUCAGUUUUUCAUAAAAGUAGAUGACUGAAUAAUGUUUUAUCUAAAUGUGUGACACCUUGUUAAAUCUUGGAAUCUAACACAAUGUAUAAUUAUUAUAUACAAGAGUGAAGAAAUUCAUUUUAUCUAGUGCCUUUUUAACACGGGUUUUCUUGGGGAAAAAAAAUGUUUUAAGUACUUACUUUAAAAAAAAAAAAUCCCAGUAGCCUGGUAGCUUUAGAAUGGUAUAGAAUAUGUACACUGUUGAGUUUCUUUCACAUAAGGACCUAGAGCGAGGGAGACAGAUCUAUUAAGAGAAAAGCUACACUUACACUCUUUAUGUUUUCUCGGUGAACGCUCUGCCAGGGCGGCAGACCUAUUCACUGAGAUAAAAGAAACAUUUCCACUGUGCUGUUGAUAAAGACAAUUUGGUAAAACGAAAAUCAGUACUCUGAAAAGGUGGUUCUGAGACACCACAUGCAGUGGACUCAGUAGUCUGCACCAUGAGGGUUUCUAGAAAGCCACUUGUGACCCGGAUAGGAAAACCUGAAGCAGAAGUGCCUGCACCUGUCUGAGUUCUCCACACCGUGAGAACUUUGUUGUGUGUUAAUCUGUUUUUCACAUCAUGCGGUUGUUCUGUUGGCAAGAGUCCCUGCACAUGUAAGGCUAGCUCAUGCUUUCCUAGGAAAAUCAACAAAGUAAGCCACAAAGAAAACAGAUUCCCCCACAGCAUCUACUAAAGACUCUGGAGAUCUGUAGGAUGGCACAGUGCUUUGAACACAGAUUUAGGCAGCUUACCAGGUAAGCAAGCCAGCACUAAAGACAUGGUGACCGAGUCAGAGCAUGCGUAGGUUAGUCAUACAUUGUCAAAUCAUUUCACAUUAAUAAAACUCAACCUGACCAUGUGCUGUUUAAACAGCAGAAUUUUCUAUUAGCUACUCUGAAUACAAGUUUUUAAAAAGGAACCCAAAGAGUACUGAUUAAUAGGAGUAGCUGCUACCGUACUUUCCAUUCAAGGGAAGACUGCUAUCAUUUGUGCCAUUAUGUUCUUAUGUAUGCUUUUGCAUCCCAAAUUAAAAUCCCAGUGCAGAUUCAUACUGCACAAGUCCUUAAAUUAGUCAUUUCUUUUUCAAAGCACUGUUUUAAUAUUUAUUUAAAGUAGUUGUUUUAAAGUCACUCGUUAGUCAUUGAAAUACGUGACACUUUACCAGAGAAGACUCAACCGAUGCUGCCUUAAGGAUUCAUGUUGUUCUCUUUCUAGUGAGUCCAUGCUUAGAGUUCUGUUCACUAGGUUACCUCCCUGGGUAGUGAUGAGUUUUCGUGGCCCCUUCUUUGUGUAAAUAACACGCAAUUAAUAUUCAGUGUUUGACUUGACCCUGUGUAUUAGUCUGUAGUGGCUUCCAAUCGUGAUUUUAGGGUUUUGAAGAGAUAGACAAACCAGGUGUGGUAGCACACGCCUUUAAUCCCAGCACUUGGGAGGCAGAAGGAGGCAGAUCUCUGUAAGGCCAGCCUGGUCUACAAAGCGAGUUCCAGGACAGCCAGGGUUACACAGAGAAACCCUGUCUCAGGAAUAGAGAAGCAGAGAUGGUCACAAAAUGUUAGGUCAGUCUUCUUUAGUUUGCUAAACACCCAAAAGUUAUUUUGUUUGUGGGAAGCAAACAGUUAUCUUUUCGGUUCAGCAUAUAAGAUGGAGACAUGACUUGUAUGGCCAAGUUGCAGAGUCUGCAUCUUAAUUACGAACACCAUUUUUAUUUUAGAUAGAUUCAAAAUGUUGUCAUUAGGUGUGCUGGGUUCUUUCCAAGUUUAACAUUCCCAACAGUAGCAAUAACUGACCAUAUGUCGUCAAUACCCCUGUCAAAUGAGACUGUUGAGCAUUUGAAUAAGCAUUUCUGCUUCAACUCACUGCCUUCCACCUAUUUGAUGCAUUGUAAGUUCUCCGGAUUCUCAGGUGAACAGUUAUACUAAAAACUCAAGGGUCAGAUCUUCAGUUACACUUGACAACAUGGGAAUUCUUGAGUUUUGCCUCCUUGAGUUGUGGGAGUGAGGAAGAAUACACUUACAUCAAGGGCUCCCACAUGCCAUGCACAACUUUAUUGUGUAUUUGUGCAGAUAUGGCUAUGUGAAACACACUUUAAAUCAAUGUGUGGUAAAGUGGGGUGAGCCCACUGGCUGACAGAAUAGCUGUCUUCCCAGAUAGCCACUCUCCGAAGGAGGGCCAAGAGCUUGUGGCUGAGGUUCAAAUAAAGAGCUUCUCUUUCCAGUCAAUUCUGUGCCAUCUCCACAGGACACAUAAUCUGCUUUUGGCUUAAGCAAAAGAAAGGAGAAUUCCAGAAGGGAUAGGGCAAGUUACAAGCACUUUCCCCACUUACCUUUGGGUCUCUCUGCACCAGAGUUGGGGUGUUAACCCAGAAUUUCAGUUUGAGCCGGGGUCGUAGCUCAGUGGCAGGAUGCUUGCCUAGCAUAUGCGAGGGCUUGGGUUCUGUUCCCAGCACUAAUGAAAUAAAUUAUUUAGCUAGCACACCCCAAUGCAAGUUGCCUCUGGGCCCUGCAUAAGGGAAGUUGCCAUCUCGGUUCUGAAAGGACCCCUGGAAUCUUUGAAGGAGAUCAUGUUUUUGUAUUGCUGUAAAAGAAGCUAAGGUAGGCAUGGUGACUCACACCUGUAAUUCCAACACUCACAAGACAAAGGUAAGAGGAUUGCCAUGAGUUCUGGGCCAGCCUAGGCUAUCAUAGCCAUCCUGGGCUACAGAGUGAGAUUCUGUCCUGAAAAACGUAAUUAAAGGGCCAGAGAUGGGUCAGCCAUUAAGAGGACUGGCUGCUCUUCUAGAGGACCUGGACUCCGUAAACUUCAGUCCCUGGAGAUCAGACACGCUCUUUUGGCCCCCAUGAGCACCAGGUACAAACACAGCGCACAGGCAUGCAUGCGGUAAAACACCUUCCACUUAGACAAUACAUAAAAGGAGAUGUAGGUGCUACCUCCCCAGCACCCACGGGCCUCUCUCUGGGGAAUGGCUUGCCAGCUUGUCAUCCUGGUUUGGGAGAUCCAGUUGGACAUGAAGAGUUUAACAUACUGCUGUAUCUUAGGCAAGCAACGGAUUUUUGUUGUUGUUGUUGUUGUUGUUACAACUUUUAGUAACUGGUAUCACUCAUUUCCUCCAUUGUGGAGAUUCUCUUCCUUACGUUUUUAAACUUGAAGAGGAAACCAAACAUGAUAAUCUGGCCAAGUGAACACAGCCAAACCUAUGAAGUCUACCUCUAGCACAACCAAGCCUGAUACCUCAGACACAAGUAAAAAACAAGAAAAAGGAAGACUGAGAGUCUCCAGAGGCUUUAUGGAAAGUUUCUCCAUUGUUUUCUGUGUUUUAAAGCAGAAAUAUUGUAUCUAGCCAAAACUGUGAAAGAAAUGGUCUCUUUGGUCACGUGGCCCAGUGAUUAGUCAGCUCAGACCCAUAAAUGACGGAAUUAAUUUAGUCUUAUUAAAAGUAUCAAGCAUUUCAGCAUGUUCAUAGACACAGCCAUGAAGAGGCUCUGAACAAGAGGGUAUUUAUGUAGAAAUUAAUGUCUUGACAGAUCCGGGGCCGUUCUUUCGCCACUGACUUGGGCAGCUCUGCUGGCAGCGGUGUGUGAGCUCCUCAGUGUCCUCAGUGGACUGGCUCCCGGCCAUGAGCAAGACACACUGCUGCUCUAAUACCGCUCAGUGCACUAGCAUGUCUUCUCAGGAGAUGCUUCUUUAAAUUUCAAGUUUCAGAACUUCUAAAGUUAUUUUGUUAUCUCUAGACAACAGAAUGCUAUUGUUAGUUUAAGCUACAGUAACCAUGUUGUUGCCAUUUAAAUGAACAAAAUGGUUAAAGAUCAUCGUUACCAAGUAUUCAUCACUUUAUUGCUUUUAUGAGACACUGGUUGCUUUAAAAAAAAAAAAGGUGAACUUGGAGCCAGUUUAGGCAUAGAUGAAUGCACAUAGUAGGACCUCCCAGAGACUGGCUGGCUUGUCCUAGGUGAGCUCCACUUUAGUCUGAGUUACCACUGUACUUGUCUGGGAGCUGGCAGCUGUGAACAGAACAUAGUGGAAAUUUCAAGUUUGUGGACAGUUUAAGUAAUUGACUUCUAAAAAAAUUUUUUAAUCUUCUGUGUUUAAACAUUGUUCCUAAGUAAAGAUCUUUGUUGUACUUUUUCCAUGUGAAUGAGUCAAUUCAAGGCGACUGGAACAGUGCUAGAUUGAAAAUUAUAUUGGAAGAAUCAAACCUUAAAAAUGCCAAUUAUGUGAGGGACAGGAGAGCUUUUCCUGUUUAAAAAGUUUUUAAUGAAGAUAAUUGAAUAUGGAAACAGCAGCUUGAGUUUGCCUUUAAUUGAAAGACUACUGAGAAACAAGAUCUUUCCUGAACAGAUGAGUGUCAGUGAUCAUAAAGCUUAAAAAGACUCAGUGUGAUCCAGCUUCACACACUCACGUACACACACAAAUAAAAAAAUGUGUAACUACCCCUUCUGGAUCGGAAUCUUUAGACAUCUGAUCAGAAAGCAGCAAGCUGUCUGUAAGAAGAGAAGGGUGGCUGACUUCAGCUCCUCUAUAGCACCAGGUGCUGGGAAACAGUAGGGAAUUUUAAAGAGAAAGAUUAUAUCUUUGGAAUUUUAUAUUUUAAUAUCUAAAAUAUUUUAGUUAUGAUAAAUUCCAAGAAAAUACCACAUACCCCACAACAUACAACACAUCAUUUAGACUAAAUGGAUCUAUAAUUUCAGUGUCUCUGAAAUAAUAAUCAUUGGGUCAUUAUCCACUAGAGGAAAGGAGUGGGUGCUUUGAAAUAGACAAUAAAGCUAGAAGCUAUGCACCGAAAAACCCAAGAGUCCGCUCUUGAAUGUGCUAAGUUAAUACAACAUGUACUUAAAAGUAAAUAUAGUGCCAUAGUACUGUUUUUAUUCAAUUUUAUUACUGAAAUAAUUCAUGGCAAUUGGAAAACUCAGAUACAACUCCUACAAAUGAAAUCUAAAUUAUUUUAGACUUUUCCAACAAUUAAAACAUUGCCGUAGAGCCCAUUGCUUCUAAGUGGCCACUUGUUCUGUACUGAGUCACAGCGCCAGGGCUGUGCCUGUUCACUGCAUCACGUGUACUGCUUCACUGUCCCAAAGUUAGUAACGACAGGUACAAAAUUAGACAAUUACAGAAUCAAUAUAUGGAGAGAUUGCCCAGUGGUUAAGAGCACUGGCUGCUCUUGCAGAGGACCCGGGUUCAAUUCCCAAAACCCACCUGGCAGCUUACAGCUCUGUGACUCCAGUUCCAGGGGACCAAUGCCUUCUUCUGGCCUCCACAUGCACACAAACAACUGCAAAAUAAACCUUUAAAAAGCUGGAUUUGCCAAGCAGUGGUGAACACCUUUAACCCAGCACUCUGGAGGCAGAGGCGGGCAUCUGAGUUUAAGGCCAGCCUGGUCUACAGAGUGAGUUCCAAGACAGUCAGAACUAUUACAUAGAGAAACCCUGUCUCGAACCACCAAAAAGAAAAAGAGAGAAAAGGAAGGAAAGAAAGAAAAAGAAAACAAAGACUUGGGGGCUGGAGAGAUGGCUCAGAGGUUAAGAGCACUAGCUGCUCUUCCAGAGGUCCUGCGUUCGAUUCUCAGCAACAACAUGGUGGCUGACAACCAUCUAUAAUUGGAUCUGACGGCCUUUUCUGGCAUACAUGCAGACAGAGCACACAUACCUUUAAAAAAAAAAAGCUGGAUCAGGAAAAAUGGUGUAUUCUGGAGUACAACAAUAAUAAAAGUUGGGUUUUAACUGCAGGAAGCUGGCCAAGGCAGUGGCGCAUUUCUAAAGAACUCGACAUUGCAGACAUCUGUCAGAGUUCAAGUAUUGUGAACUUGCGGGCGUAGCUCAGUGGCAGAGCACUUUAACCUAGCUUUGGUUUCUUUGUUCUGUUUUGUUGUUUAUUCUGUAGUUUUUUUGUUUGCUUGUUGUUGUUUGAUGUUUGAUUCAGGGUCUCACUAUGUAGCCUUGGGUGGCCUGGAAUUCAUUAUGUAGACCAGUCGGGCCUCAUAAAAAUUCCCCAUGCCUGCCUCCUUCAUUGCUCGAGUUGAAUGCAUGUGCCACCAUGCCCAGCCGGGCCCUAGUUCUGAUACCCAGCUUGGUGGCAGGGCGGAAAGCACAGUAAGAGAAUAAAAACAGCGAAAACAAAUUACUUCUAGAACCCACAAUACCAGUGCUGGCACUGAAACUGGGUUCUGUUGUUUCACGUGCUUGCCCUGGAUACGCUUGUGUGUCACGUGCUUGCCCUGGAUACGCUUGAAGAAAGGAAUGGAGUGCUGUCGGCCUCCUGGCUCAGCUCCUGUAGCAGUGCACUCCUAGCUGUCUGGCCAGUGAACCCUGAUGUUGACUUUAAAUUAGCAAUACAGGAGUUUACGGAUUGUUUUGUGCUUGUUUAGUUUUUCAUUCUGAAAUAGAACAAAAACUAUCCCCAGAAGGACAGACAGAGCUUCUUCUGGAUGGAAACCUGGUAUAAACUCCCCAGGGUUCUCUUGUUUAACUGUGAUUGACAAGUCUGUUUGACUUUACCACUUAGACAAGUAAUUUGUCUUUACUUAAAAUUUUAGUGUUUUCUAUAUGACAGUUUUUUGUUGUUUUGUAACAAAAAUGCAUUUGCAAUGUUUUUAUUCUCCUAGGUGUUUUUAAACACACUAGAAAGGACUUUAUGGCCGGUGUUCAUUUACUAAUGACUGAUUUUAUUGUACCCUUUCCAGCCUUUUCUUCCCUGGUAGCCACACCUGGGAACACACAUGUGCACACGGGAGCCUGUGAGCUGGAAGGCUUUGCAAACGUUUUCUGUCCAUGUCAGGAUUGGAAGGGGUUUUCUUACUCAUGCAAUCCAACCCUCUAGUUAAUGGUCAACAGAGUCUGUUAACAAUUUGCAGUGUUUGGGGGUUAUUUGUUUUAAGGUGUUGAUCUUAUUCAUGUAUAUGCAGCUUUAAUGUUU